CUAAAGGAAAAAUUAAACUCUGGAGAGCAUGUCGAUUGGGAAACCACAUGCCCUGUUUUGGUGGCAACCGUCUUGAAGGACUUACUUCAAAACAUUCCUGGAAGUGUACUCACAGCCAACCUAUAUGAGAAAUUCAUUGACGUUCUGGAUGAAGGGAAUGAGGAGGCCAAGAUAGCCAUGAUUCUGAGGCUUUUGCAACAGCUGCCUAAGCCAAACGUUCAUCUCCUGCAAUCUCUCUUUCGCUGUUUGUGCAAGAUUUCACAGAAUUCACCCUCGAAGGAAAUGACAAGUUCUAACUUGGCUUGGUGCAUUACCCCGAGUCUUCUACAACCACCAAUUGCCAGCAUCUUAGAUAAAGGAACAGAAUGGAAGAAAAAAGUUGCUUUUGUACAAUUUUUGCUUGAUCACUGCUUCAAGAUUUUUGGAGAUGACUUCACCCCCACCAUCAGAGAUAACGUAACACAUAUGGACCACAAUCUAGAAGCUUCAGAUGCUACAAAUUUAUUUCAUUUAUUUUACAUACAGGAUAUGUUUUCCUGUAUUGAUUCAAAGGGCCAAUAUACAGAGGGCAUAUUCAAAACACGUGUCAAUGGCCAAGCCUAUAGAGCCCUGAAAGAAAAACUGAAUUCUAGAGAACACGUGGACUGGACAAGUGAGUCCCCCUAUGUGGUGGCAACUGUUUUAAAGGAUUUUCUUCAAAGUAUACCUGGAAGCCUGUUUACAACCAGCCUGUAUGAAGAAUUCAUUGAUGCUUUGGAUGAAGGGAACAACGAGGCCAGAACUGCCACCAUUUGCAGGCUUUUAGACCAGCUUCCCAAACUGAAUUUUCAUCUCUUAGAAUCCUUAUUCUUAUGUUUACACAAGAUUGCAUACUCACCGUUAAGUAAGAUGACAUCAUUCGAUUUGGCACUGUGCCUGACUCCAAGCCUUCUUUGGCUACCCAUUUCAGGUAGCUCAGGAAGAGGAAUGGAAUGGCAGAGGAAGGUUACACUUGUACAAUAUUUAAUUGAAAACUACACAAGGAUUUUUGGACACAAACUGAGUUCCCCCAUGGGAGAAGACAUAGAAAAUCAGGACAACGUCCAGGACACCUCAGGUAUCAUAAUGACCCAUUGAACUGCCCUUGAUGACGCUGCUGUGCCCUGACAGGUCUUCGGGCUAUCUUGGAGCCCAGGGCAUGUUCAAAGGGCACUGAGGCUGAGGCCCUUGUCCACAAGCUCACUCACAGGCCCAGGAUGGUGUCAUAUGGAUGUGAAACAAAAGAGAAGCUGAGCCAUCUGGUUUCAGAAAGCAAAUGCUAAUUCUAACUGCUUCAAGAUGCAUCCUAUUGUACAACACAGGACCUACGAUUUUUACAACAGGUUUUGUGGAACCCUUCUUUUUAAGGGUUCCUCACAAAGUACACAGAUUAAUGAAAUUUAAGCAUGAGGUAACACAUUAUUUAUUAAGAGACAGAUUGCUCAAGAGAGAGAUACCUCCCAUUUACUUCCU